UGAUGAGAUGGACUUGGUCUUUCUGUUGGAUCGCUCCGGCAGCAUCAACACAGUACAGCACAAGAUCGUGAAGGACUUUACAGCAGAUUUAGUGGAAGACUUACAGAUUGGUGAGAAGACUGUGCAUGUUGGACUUGCACAGUUCAGUGAAAACUUUCAAGACGAGUUUUACCUCAAUAGGUACUAUGACAAACAGGAAUUAGCUAAUCGCGUACGCCAGGUGGCAUAUUUAGGAGGCAGCACCUACCUCGGUAAGGCCCUGAACUCUGUAAAGAACUAUUUUAGCCCCUCACGAGGCAGCCGCGACACAGUGCCCAAGACCUUGGUGGUGUUCUCAGAUGGUAAUUCCCAUGAUGACGUGGAGGAUGUAAGCAAUGAGAUCAGGAAUAGGAAAAUUGCUGAUGAUGUAAUAGCCAUAGCAAUUGGAGAUAUCUAUGACACCGAGCUUCUGCAGAUUACUGGGGACCCAAAGAAGGUUAUUAGAAUUGGUGAUAUAGAGAACCUACCAAGUUUCAAGAAGAAGGUUUCGGAGGCUAUCUGCAGUGAUGAACCUCGUCCUCCUCCUGUUGAAAACUGCACCAUCGAUAUCGCCAUUGGAUUUGAUAUUUCUCAAGCCCCUAAUGUGCCCCUGCUCAGAAUUGUUAGUCCCCUCCAGGAAAUCGUCCGUUCCAUUUCCAUCGUCAAUGACCUCAGUAACCUGCCUCCAAUCAAGACCAAGAUCUCCUUCAGCAUCAUCAGUCCCGAUGGCAGCUACUUGUUAGACACAAACUUUGAGGCCUUCAACCCAGAAGUUCUGAUGAAAACCUCGACCUUUUCUUGGUCCCAGGCCACAUAUUUCAACUCGGCCUUGCUGAGUGGAUUCAACGCCAAGUUCCGGUCUGAGUCUAGAGCAUCUGUCAAGGUGCUGAUCAUCUUUUCUGAUGGACUGGAUGAAGAUGUGAUGAGAAUGAAGCAGGAAUCUAAGCGGCUACAAAACUCUGGGGUCAGCGCUCUGCUUGUUGUGGCCUUAGAUGUCACUCAAGCCUUCCGGGUCCAGAUGGUUGAGUUCGGAAGAGGACACAAGUACAAGACUCCUCUAAGCAUCAACCUUCAGAAUAUCAACGAAGUCAUCCUACAAGAGAUUAGUUCUGUAGGAGAUCGAAUCUGCUGCAAUGUCUUUUGUAAAUGCUACGGACCCCCAGGACCUCCUGGUACUCCUGGAAUGCCAGGAAUUAAG